CCUUUCAUAUCCCCUCACAGUCUUAUGUCUCUGGGGGUUUUGUCUUCUUCUUAGGGUCCCCUUGAAGAUUUAUUUUAGGCAACUAACUUCCAAAGGACCCCUGCUAUGAGUCACCCUGGAUACCCCCCUCAGUCUGGUGGCUACCCCCAACAGCAAGGAGCCUACCCACCACAGCCCGGAGCUUACCCACCCCAGCAAGGGCCCUACCCAUCUCAACCUGGGGCACAUCCACCUCAACCAGGGGCGUACCCAACCCAGCCCGGUGCCUAUCCACCCCAAGCAGGGGGCUAUCCUCCUCAGCCCGGUGGCUACCCUCCCCAGGCAGGUGGAUAUCCACCCCUGCCUCCUGGUGGUGCUGGUCCACCCCAAGCAGCGGGCUAUCCUCAGCCUGGUGGCUACCCACCCCAAGUAGGGGGCUUUCCUCCUCAGCCUGGCCCACCCCAGGCAGGUGGAUAUCCACCCCAGCCAGGCGGUUACCCGCCCCAGCAGGGUGGCUAUCCCCCUAUGCCUCCCACAGGUGCUUGGGGUGGUCCUCCUGGAUAUGCACCAGGAGGAGCCAUGCCCCAGGGAUACCCAGGAGGCCCUGCCCCAGGACAGCAGCCCAUGCCAGGCUACCCAGGAGGGCCUGCACCUGUGCCCAAUCCUUCCAUGCCAGGCUAUGGAAGUUGUGCCCCGUCCGGUCCAUCUACCCCAGCUGUGCUCGCCAUAAGUCCAGGAGCCCCUACCUCAGGACAGCUGCAGCCCAUGCCAGUGUACCCAGGAGCCCCUGCAGCUGUGCCCACGCCCACGCCCACGCAUACGCCCGCCAUGCCAGACUAUGGAAGUGGUCUCCUACCUGGUCCAUCUACCCCAGCUGCACCUGCCAUAAAUAGAGGAUACCGAGGUUCCAUUGAGGACUUCCCAGGGGCAGAUCCACUGAGAGAUGUUGAGGUUCUCAGAAAAGCCAUGAAAGGAUUUGGUACUGAUGAGGACGCCAUCAUUCAGCUACUUGGAAGCCGCACUAGCAAGCAGCGGGUGCCCAUGGUGGCAGCUUUCAAAACCACGUAUGGAAAAGACCUCAUCCGUGACUUGAAGUCUGAGCUCAGUGGAAACUUUGAGAGCCUGGUGCUGGCCAUGGUGACGCCUCUGGCCAAGUUUGAUGCCGCUGAGCUGAGAGGGGCAAUUAAGGGGCUGGGAACGGAUGAAGCAUGUCUGAUUGAGAUCCUGUCAUCUCGCACCAAUGCAGAGAUCCAAAAGAUCAACCGGGUCUAUAAAGCAGACUAUGGCAAGUCUCUGGAGGACGCUAUCGCCAGUGACACCUCAGGACAUUUCCGCAGACUCCUGAUCUCCCUCUCUCAGGGUAACCGUGAUGAGGCAGAAAAAGUGGACACCUCCCAGGCUAAGAUGGAUGCUCAGAAACUGUAUGCGGCCGGAGAGGGCAAACUGGGCACUGAUGAGUCCCAGUUCAAUGCUAUCUUGUGUGCCCGCAGCAAGCCUCACCUGAGAGCAGUCUUUCAUGAGUACGAACAGAUGUGUGGGCGAGAGAUUGAGAAAAGCAUCUGUAGUGAGAUGUCUGGGCAUCUAAAGGAAGGCAUGAUUGCUGUGGUGAAGUGCAUCCAGAACGCGCCUGCUUAUUUUGCUGAGGAGCUUCGCAGAUCCAUAUCGGGUUUAAGCCCUAAUGACCGCACUCUGAUCCGAAUCAUGGUGUCCCGCUCCGAGGUGGGCAUGCUGGACAUCCGACAGGAGCACCUGCGCCUGUUUGGCAAGUCCCUCUACAAUGUCAUCUCUAAUGCUACCUCUGGCGACUACCAAAAACUUCUCUUGAAGCUUUGUGGAGGCAAUGACUAAAGACCAGAGAGAAAGCCGACACAACCGGAUAGGGUGCACUCUCCCACACACAUAUCAUCUGAGCAUCAUGCAGUAUUACAGACCUUCAUGUGUGUCGUUUGUUGUGUUAUUUCUGAGGAGAUGUCACACAGGCCAUAGGCCUACCCCACUGGUACCCCACUGGUACCCCACUGUGGCCAUGUGGCCACUUCCCAAACGUUUUCAUGAACAAAAGACAGGCAGCACAUAAAAAAAGACUGUUUUUUUU